AUGGUGGCCCGCACUCGCAAGCAAGCGGCACAGGCUGGUGCCACCCCGGACUCGUCAGCCGCAGCCUCUUCCCGCUCCCUCAAACCAAGCUCCACUCCUCAAAAGCAAAGAUCCUCUCCACGAUCAAAGGCGUCAAUGCCUUCAGCAUCCGCUGGCGCUUUCAAGCCGCCAACUUCCUCCUUUUGCGCAUCUACCCCUCUCAAGACAACCUCUGAAAAGGGAGAAGAUGAAUCCAAGCUCGGCGGAAGCAAGGCUUCGAUGCCGCAUGCUGCGACCAUCCCGCUGUAUGACUUCGACCUUCCACUCGAGCUGGACAGACCCAUAGGAUCGCGCACGUCUGUCUUCUGCCCCGCACCCUACGUAGAACUCUGCGACACCUUCACCAGGUGGUUUCCGGACCAGGCCCGUGACAUGUCCGCGACGAUCCUUGACGAUGCACCACCUCCAAACGAUGCUGCAUCGCGAACGGAUGCUCAAGACGACCCUGCUGGGAGCCAUCCACCCGCAACGGGUGCUCAAGCGUCCGGUCAGCCAUCGCAGGCGCAGUCUGACGCUCAACAUCCUACAAAAAAGGGCAACGGCAAGACGGGCAAACACAACGCCAAAGGCAAGAGCGCCAGACCCCACGAUCAGCAUCUCGAAGUCGAAUUCGUGCCUCAGGUCAUCGAUCUUCAUGCCCUGCUUCUGCCUUCAGACACUACGGACUUCUUGACGAGAGCACUAUCAGAGCAUCUCGUCCAGGCAUAUGCAAUCAUGGCGCUCGCUCCUCCCAGCUUCGAGUCCAUCCGCUCAGCCGCCGACACUACCGGCACUUCUCGGGACGGAAAGGCUUCGAACGUGGAUCGAAAGUCUGCGCACGACGGAAGCCAAGGUCAAGACGAAACUGAGGCCGAGGACGAGGCCGAGGACGAGAACGAGGACGAUGAGGUCGAAACUGCGUUGCUCGGCUACCUUGUACCUUCGGCAUUCAGGGAAGCUGCUCACCCUUUGGCCAACCUCGACCCCUUGUUGGUCUCAAAAGAGUGGAUACAACUCUAUGGCGAAGUCACGCUCGCUUUCCCUUUCCUUCCACCCGAAAGCGAGGUGUUCGACGAAAAUCACCACGCCUACGCGUCGGGAGGAAAUCUCUGUCCGGACUGCGGCGAAGUUCACGGCGACUUCAGGUAUCCGGAGCCACUAAGGCCCCGUAACAAGGUCCCUUCCACGCGUCUCCUCGGAGUCCUGAAUGUCCAGGUGGGACUCGAGCCGAUCGCCUUGCAGUACGGUGCUGGCGAUGCGGCCGUCGACGGCUUUGUUGGAUCCAACGACGAUCUCAAGCACACGGGUGCCGAAGGCUCGUUCAGCCUCGCGCGCGCUCUUCGCCUUGCCAUUCCAACCAUCGUAGACUGGGAAGACAGCUUCAUCGCCGUGGACGUUGACGCGAACACCUUCUGGGACCGCAACGAGUCGUUCUACUCUCUGCCUCCGAAGCAGUCCACGCUGGCUCGCCACAUGGUGCUCGACAAGGUCGAGGCCGUCGACCUGCCCGCAGCAUCCAAGUCGCCAAGCAAGAAGCGGAAAAAGCAGUCAAGGAGGUCGGCCCCCUACAUGGACCAAAGCUGGUCAGCUCGUUCGGACAGCUUCGACGAGCACGACACCGCAAGACGAGCACGCCAGGACUCUUCGUUCAAGCGCAAACUGUCCGACGUGCCCUUGGGCGAGGAAGUCUCGAGAACAGACCCGAGGCUCGGAGAUCCCGCCUCGGAAACUCAUUUGCCCCUCGACACCAACAUUGCAAGUCUCCUCGAGGCCUGCCGACCCCCUGCCGAUGGGCCUCAAGUAUUUCCCCCAUCGGACAUGAUCCCCACCCCGCUUCUGGGCUACCAAGCUCGCUGCUUGGCCUGGAUGAUCAGGAAGGAGACGGUCCUCGACGAGGACGUCGAUCGGCUCUUGCCCAACUGGGUGCCGCUGCGCUGCAAGACGUCGGCUCACAUCAUGCACAGACGCAUGCAGCUCGAGGCUGGGCGAGAGGCGCUCCUCGAUGCAAUGCAUCGCGAUCUGUCGCCAUCCCGCCGCAACGCCAACGUCAAGGCGGCCCGUGCUGCCGUAGCUCCUGUCGAGUCUUUUGCAGGGGUGAACGGCAGCAGUGAUGGCCCAAAACUCAAGCGCGAACCGUACAUCGACCCGAUCGAGCUCAACUUCUACUUUGAUCAAGUCUCCGGUAUGCUGAGCCUGCGUCGAUUCACGUGCCGUCGAAGCGAGCCCGGAGGCGCUCUCUGCGAGUCGAUGGGACUAGGCAAGACGCUCGAGAGCCUCGCGCUCAUCGCAUCGCAUCAACGUCCGGAUAAUCCAAAGCUGCUAUCGUACGACACCUCGCGGAGCGCGAGGAUGAUCGCCGAGAUGGAUCCAGCCGAACAGCCAUUUGUGUCGCGUGCCACUCUGGUCGUCUGUCCCGCUGCUUUGGUGGAGCAGUGGAUGGACGAGAUCCGGAAGCACUUCCGCAGCCGCGGCGUACAGGGCAAGCCACAGCACGGAGCAGAUCCCUUAGCACAAUCCGGAGUGGUUCGAUACAGGCAUGCUGACUUCGCAUGGGAUGCAGAGUCGUCACGCGGAGACGUUCGAGCUAUGGCCAAGAAGCGACUCACCAAGGUGGACAUCGUGGUCGCCACGUACGAGGAACUUGCGCAUCAGCUCCUGGAAAGUCACCGAAUUCGGCGAACGGCCAACUCCGCGCGAACGCCGCUGCUCGAGGUGCUCUUCUGGCGCAUCCUACUCGACGAGGCGCAGAUCGUCGCUGGCGCCUCGGGCAAGGCCACCGAGAUGGUCCACGAGCUGUGGCGCAGCAACUGCUGGAUGGCGACGGGCACACCGGUGACCAAAGGAAUCCGAGACAUCCAAGGCAUCUUCGCCUUCUUGGACCACGACCCGCUCGCCGCGCCGCGUUUCUUCCGCGAGAUCCUGCAAGAGCCCUUCAGCCGCGGCUGCGUCGAAGGCAUCCGUCGACUCCGUUCCAUCCUGCCUCGCUACGUGUGGAGACACACGCAAGCACACGUGGAGCACGAGAUGAUCCUUCCCGCCUGCAGGGCCGAAGUGCUGGAGAUCGAUCUCAAGCACGUCGAGAGGCUCUUCUACGACAAGGAGGUGAGCAAGUAUCGCGAAAGCUUUGCCAAGAAGGCGGCGCAGGGAUCGGCCAACGUCUCGCAACCGACGUUCCUGGUCAAUCUGCGCCAACUGCUCAGCCAUCCUCAGAUCGCCGACCAGCUCAUGUUCAGCCACAACUUCUCGCGCCUCUCGUUCGCCGAGCUCUUCCGCCAGUUUUGCGAGCGUGCCGAGUCCGAGCGAGAUUCCAUGCGCAUGCAGGCGAUCGUCGCGACGCUGCAACUCGUGUGGGGGCAUGACUUCUACGAUGCCGAGAAGGACAAGAGGCAUUGGCGCGGCGGCCGGCCCGUGCUUCAGCCGUCCGACAUCCGCAACCUUCUCGAGACGGCUCUUCGGACUGCCACCAUGGCGCUGCAAGACCAAGCGCGGGCACGCAAUGCUGUCGAGGCGGCGGCGGCAAAUCCGGGCGAUCCUCAAGACGUUACUACUACUGAUGCGCAGGAUGCCGCCAUUCCACCGCAAACGCUCGUAUCCGAUACGGGCAACAACGACGGUCAAGCUCGGCCGGGCACCGAAUUGGCACCGAGGAUCAAUCUGACGUGGGAAGAAGCCAGCUACUGGCUACGCGUCUUGCAGAGGAAGCACGCUGAUCAAUUGUCGGGCUCAACGGUUGCGAUCAACGCCGAAGAGAUCGUUCCUCCUACACGCUGGGAUCCGGAAAGACCCACGCGUACGUUCUUCGACAAGGAGUUCAAAAACGCAGAUGACAAGAGUGUCAAUCUCGCAGAUUCACGGUUCCACCUCGUGGUUCAGGACGCCUCUGCUGACGAUAUGGGCUUUGACGAGCUCAUGGCGCAGAUCGAAGCGGGAAGGGGUGCCGACAGCUCCUCAUCUUCAUCCCGGAAGAAGCAGCGAAGGGAUGCCGCCAUCGAGCCAGGUACGCUCAAAAAGUCGCGCCUCCGCGGCAACGCGUCGCAACGCAAGCAGGCUCGUGUCUGGCUCUACAAGCCCAAGGAACGCUUGGAGACGACGCAAGUGAAGCUGAUGAUGUUGUCGGCCGACCUGCAGCCCAAAGAGCACGAAGCAGCGUUCUUGCGGCAGAAGCUGCAGGAGGUGCAGAUCGCAGAGGCCCAAUCCCAUUCUGAAGAGGCUGGAAAUUCGUCGACGGGCCCCUUGAGCGGAGACUCGGACACCAGCGUGCUGGCUUCCACUGUCGAGUGCCCGAUCUGCUUCGAGCCCAAAGAGAGCAUCGGCGUACUGCCAUGCUACCAUUCGUUCUGCACCGACUGCAUCGAGACCAUCGUCAAGAAGAACCCGGUCAGGCAGACUUGGUGGCACCAUUCGCCAGGGCCUCGCUGUCCUUCGUGUCGACUGACCUUCCAUCCGGAUCGAGUCACAAGGGUCAUGGAGCGUGGCAGGUCGGCCUCGGCCGAAGCCAACGGCGAGGUCAUUGGCGAUUGGAGCGGCAAGAUCACGGGUCUCAUCGUGGACAUCAAGUCGCGUCUGCAAGCCGAUGCGACGCAGAAAGCAGUCAUCUUCUCGCACUGGCCCAAGAUGCUUGCAUUUGUGUGCGAUGCUUUGGUGCAGAACGGCGUCAGUGCCGUGGUGUUUGGCGGCAACGAGGCCAACCAGGCCGAGGCGCUGCGGGCGAUCCGUGACGACGACCACGUGCACGUGAUCCUCGUGCCUUUCCGAGCCAGUGCGGGAGCAGCCGGACUCACGCUGACGUCGUGCAACCUCGCCUACCUGCUGGAACCGGCUCUGGACGCGGCUCUGGAGGCACAGGCGGUCGGCCGCAUCCAUCGCAUCGGGCAGAGACGCGAGACGACGGUGAUCCGUGUCAAGAUGAAGGACACCAUCGAGGAUGCGGUCAUGCGCAUCGCCGAGGAACGCUCGAGGAGGGGCAUGGCACUCGCCACGCACGGCGACACAGUCGCCACGGGUGCUAUCGCUGGCGGCUCCGACGCAACGCAACCCUCGACCUCGGUGAACAGCAGUGCGCUCUCCAUCGUCACUCAUGGCGGCACGGCAAGCUAUUCUGCUGCUGCUGACGGACCGCCUCGAGGGCCUGCCACGGGCUCGCAGGUGCGUGAGCAAUCGAUCAAAGCCUCGGUCGCCGCCUCGGUCGGCACUUCGCGCGAGUCGGACCCCACGGCUCUGACCAUGGCCGAGGUAGGACUCAUCCUCGGCUUUGACAUUGCCGAAGAAAAGCGAAAGUUGCGCGAACGCCGCGACACGAUCUUCCGGCGCGCGUACGGCACGGUCGAUGUGCCGAACUCGAUGCAGCACAUGUCGAUCGAGGAGCUCGAUUCGCUUGAGGAAGAGUUGCACAUGUACGACGACGCAAGCGAUGGCGAGGACUUCAUGCACGCGGACAUGGAUGAGGACAUGGACGAAGAUAUGGACGAAGAUGUGGACGACGGUAUGGACGACAAUAUGGGCGACGGUAUGGGCGGCGGGCAAGAUGACGGCUUCCACCUCAGCUUCUUCUGA